GGACCGUUAAGAAGCGUCAACUCACCUCUCUGGUCUUUAAAGGUCACCGGGCGCCUAGACGGACGCCUAACGGCUAGCUGGUAGAUUUCUGGAAACUCCCAGAAGCUAGUGUGGUCGAUUCUUCAUCUAAAUACGAGUAGAAGGUUUGCCUCUUGGAUGACUAAUUACUAAACCUAUCAGCAAGUCUAAACUCAGAGGAAGUGGAGUCUCUCCUAUUCCACAACAAUUAUGUUUACCCCCAGUGAAGAGGAUAGGAACAUACCUCAUCCACCUGAAAUUCAUGAAAUUCAAGAAAUUGAAGGACCACAAGCAAUCGAAACUAUCCUGAACUACUGUCAGAUUAUGUUUAAAACUGUUCAAAGACUGGAAAACAUGUUGGAUGAAAUGGAUGAAAAAGUAACAAAAAUUUAUCGUGCACGUUCCAGAUCCUUCUGGAAUUAUCCUCCUUUCAAAUCUGCAGUCAGAAAGUACAAUUACCUGAUGCCUAAAAGAGUUAAAGUACAGAAAAGGAGAAAAUUAGUUCACGAUGAUUCCUUCAACUAUCCUCAAAGUUACAGUUCAACUUCACCAGUUCACAGGAGAGAAGAAUAUAACCAGGAUAUGGAAAACAUCGAAUCCAUGGAUUACAGUCUGCCUUUGCAGUGCAGUGACACUGACAACAACAGCCAGGCUGUCCAGUACACUGAUACUGUUGACCUCAGCCAGACUAUCAAGUACACUGAUACUGUUGACCUCAGUCAGACUAUCAAGUACACUGAUACUGUCGAUAAUGCCCAGCUUUUCCAGUAUACCAAUACUGUCAACAACACUGAGGGUAUCCAGAACACUGAGAACAACUCUGUUUUACAUUCAGAGAAUUCCCAGGAAGAAGAAUCUUCUGAAUCUUCACCAGAGAGGGACUAUCAAGAAACUCCACCAAGUCCUACAUAUACUGCCCAAACCUACGAGCAGUAUUACAGAUACAAAGAUGUACCUGGCUCUUCCACAAUGCCCUACUACAGUGACUUUGAAAUUCCCAAUAUGGACAACAUCACUUCUACUCCUUCAACAUCAAGGGAAGCAAAUACACUCCCUCCAGGGGAGCUCAUCCCCAUACAGAAUCCUGAAAUGAGGCGAAUGGCCUUACUGGAGGCUCAACGAACACCUGUGAUUGAUCCUGACACUUUUGGUUCAUCACCUGAGUGUAACAGUGCUGUUGUGAGACAACUUGGUUACCCGAUAAACUGGUCUGUGAAUGAUGUGAUAACAUUUCUGAACCGUUUAGAUCCUCCAUUGGCCGACCAACUUUAUCCUACCAUCAGAAAACAUGAUAUCGAUGGGAAAGCUCUGCUACUGAUCAAUAGUGAUACAAUGAUAAAAUAUAUGGAGGUGAAGGUGGGAGUAGCCAUGAAGUUCGAAAACUACAUUAGAAAGCUUAAAGAAGGAGUAAAAUUUGACCAGUAAAAAAAAGUUUGUAUAACUUUAAAUGUUCUCAUGAAUACUUCUUUAAUG